AUGGCAGCAGUGUCAGGAACCGCCCUCGACAAUGCUUGGUUUUUCGACGGAGCUGACGUUGGCCUUCCAGGUGCUCAAGCAACUCAAGCUGAACCUGUUCCAGAGGCAGCGGAGUUUUACGAUGCGCAGGAGCAACGUGAUCGGAGUGCCGCGAUGAAGCUGACCGCCGAGGGGAUCCAAACUCUCGCUCAAAGGUGCCACGAUCUGCCUGCUGCAAGCAAGGAAGCAUGCGAAGUGGCUGAGCUGGUCCGUGAUGCCACCAAGAACAUGCUCAGUUGCGUGGAUGACAAGUCAAAAGGGUGUCACAAUGGUCUCCUGGACAUGAUCGACGCGCACUUCGAACUUGUGCUGGCCAUUGGCAAGGGAGGUCACCAAUGCGGAAACCUUGUUCAAGCUGUGACGGAUCUGUACCAGAGGAUCGACAAGAUUUUUGACAUCGCAGGCUCUGGAAAUGCUGGGAGCAAUGUUAGCUUUAACAGCAAGUUCGUCCAACAAGAGCUACAGCGUCUGGAUGGGGUGCUGGCAGACCUGGUUGAGACUGAGCAGACGCUGUCCAAGAUCAGCAGCGCAGAGCACCGAGAGAGCCUCAUGAUCGCAAUCCAGGCUGUGUCCAAGCAGCUGUGUACGUCUGACAUCCUCGCCAACUUGGCGGAGACUUUGGAGAUGCACAGCCGCCUUGCAGAGGAGCAGAACAAGGUCCACUUGAAGCGCGGUGAGAAGCAAGCUCUUGUAUGGGUGGCAGAGGCUGAGAUGAAUUCGCACAAGACCCGCUUGGAACAUGCCAAGGAGACUGCGUAUUGCUGGGUGCAUCUUUUCCCAAAUGAUGCAGGCAGCCUCGAUGCCAAGAAGAAGGAGCUGGAACAGCUGCAAACGCGGGAAAACAUCUCCCGGGAGGACCUCCUGCGCAGCCACAAGGAGCGGAAGUUGCAGCUGGAGAAGCAGUUGGAGGACCUGAGAGCAAGGGCGGAGAAGGAGCAGGCCAAAAGCAAGGCGCCCAUUGACCUCUGCCAGGACAAAACCUUGGAGCUCCAGAAGCAACUCCUGAACCUGGACUCGCUGAACAUCAAUCACAUCAUCCUCGUGGUAGACAAAAGUGGAAGCAUGGACGGACGCCGCUGGAGAUCAUUGCUUCGUGCUGUCGAUGCUUUUCAAAAAGCUUGCGUUGCUAAGGGCUCACAGGACAAGGUGAGUGUGGUAACCUUCGACGUUCAAGCCACAGCCCUUGUGAAGGCAGCCCCGAUCACGACUGACAUUGUCGGUACUUUGAGAAAGGUGACCCCAGAUUGGCAAACAGCAUAUGCACCUGCGUGGAAGGCAGUUCAGGAGCGCGUCGCGGGCGAACCAACUUUCGCUCGUAUCUUUGUCGUGUUUCUUAGCGACGGGCUGACCAGCAUCGACGACAUGAAUGCGGCAGUCGCAAUGGCAUCUCGUGUACAUGCUGAUGCCGCGGCAGCGAACAGAUCUAUGUGUGCCUUCUUCGUGCAUGUGGAAGACACGCCAUCCCCUCAGAUUGAAGGACAUCUUAUGCCGCUGGUGAAGGCAGCAAAUGGCGGACAGAGCAGUAAGGCCUGCGGUGAGUCUGUUGUGGACCUUCUUCGGCCCGUGAAUACUGAAGACUUGACUUCUCACUUUGACCGAUUGGCCAGCUAUGUCAACAUGGAGAAAUGCGUGUUGGAGAGCAGACUUGCCAUGGUCAAAUCCCAAGAGAGGGAGAUGAGAGCAAAGAGCACCGAGGAGACAAAAGCCGUGACACGGCUGUACAGGGAUCAGGUACAAAGCAUCACCAGGGCCAGCAAAAUCGCCGAGAAGGGCAUGAGGAACGAUCAAAGCAAGCUGCAGGAGCUGUUUGCAGGUAUGGUGGCAGAGAUGCAGGAGGAGGUGGGGAUACUGGAAGCGGCUCUGGACAAUGCAGAAGGAACGGUUCUGGCGCUUGAGACCCUGUGCAAACAGAGUGAGGCAGCCUUCUUCGCAGCCAAAAGUGACUUUGAUCAGGGUGAGGAUGCGUUCAAACAGACUUGCGGCAACCUCUCGAAGAUGUGUCUGAAUCAAGCGAAGCAGUUGGAGAAGAUCGGCGAUCAGCAGGGCCACUUCCUGGAACAGUUUGGCACCACGGACGCGAGGCUUUUGAUGCAGCAGUUGCAGACUUUAAGCCGGCUUACGAAGCAGCUGCAGCACAGCAGUGUCAUCGAACAGGACCUAUGCUGCAUGGUGCACAGCAUGGUCACCUUUACCAACAGCCUGAAGGAUCAGAUCAUGGACCCGCUUCCAGGAGGCACGUCCAAGAUCUCCAAAGCCAAGGUUGUUCUGAAGAAGCUCUUGAAGCAGCGGCAUCUUGAGUACAAGGAUCUGCCGGAGGAGGACAUGCAGACUCUGUUGAAGUAUGAAGCUACGGUGCAACGCCUUGAUCCAGAGGACGUUUGCAAGCCCAUCCUGUCCGCCGGUAUCACUGCAGAGCGUGCGCGUCUGCCCUUCGUUGACCUCCCUACACAAGGUAUUUGCGAGGCCGUGGAUGAGAUGGACAACGAAAAGGUCCUAUUCAAGAGCCUCCGGCUGAAGCAACACUCUUCAGCCGUGAAAGACCUGGUCUCAGUGGUUCAGCAGAAGGCCUUCGAACUCGAGGAAUGUGACACGCAGGACUUGGUUCCAGACUUUGUGGCAGAUAACGACCCAGACGUGACUUGUGGAUUGCACGAUGCUGAUGGAGGUGACGAAGACAACGACUCCACCUGGGAAGUCGUCGAAGAAGCGAGGGAGCAGGUGGAUGACCUCAAGGACGAAAUCAAGGACCUGCCGCAGACCGCAAACGGCCAUCUUCGCUGA